AUGACACAAUCGGAAGUCAGUUUCGGCAUCGACACCGAAGAGCUGGCCCGUCUCUACGAGACGAGUGUUCUCGAUGUCGGGUCUGGAACGGGCAAGCUGGCCACCUACGCCGCCGGGAUGGUGGGCGAAAGCGGGCGAGUCGUUGGUAUCGAUCCCCUUGGCGCUCGCGUCAGCAUUGCCAACGAGUCUGCCCGGGCAAAUCUCUCGUUUGCCGUCGGAGAUGCACACGAUCUCACCCGCUUUGAACCGGCUAGCUUCGAUGUCGUCUACCUCAAUGCCGUCUUCCACUGGCUAUCCGACAAACCCGAAGCCCUGCGGCAGUUUGCCCGCGUGCUGAAACCCAACGGCCGCCUCGGCAUCACCACCGGAUCAGGCGACCAUCGGUUCCCGCACGAGACCGUUCGGGACCGUGUGCUUGCCCGGGAUGCUUAUCGCGCCUAUCAGGACGGCGGUGUGAAGGGCCAGGCGCAACUGGUGACGAGGAAGGAGCUGGAGAGAUACCUGACCGACGCCGGAUUUCACGCAGGCCCGGUUACCGAGGUGCCCAAUGAGCUAUGCACCAGAGACGCCGACACCAUGAUCGAUUUUGUCGAGUCGAGCUCGUUCGGGAAUUAUCUCGGCCAUCUGCCCGAAGACGUGCGGGCCAGGGUCCGGCAGGAAAUCGCGCAGGAAUAUGAGGAGUUUCGCACAGCGAAUGGGAUACGUGCCAGCGCAAUAGACUAUCUGGUGGUGGCCACAGUGCCCUCACAAAUACCUACUGCAUAG